GUUUUGGGUGUGAAAGUAUCAAGAUGGCGCCCAAGUCAGGUUAACCAGAGUCAGUUGGUGCAGAAAUCCAAUGUAGCUUCCAGAUUCAAGAACAACUUGAUCAUUUUUGUAGUAUAUAGUUAUAUUUGUCGUCCCAGCCUGAAAGAUGUCACGCAACGACAGAUCCAAAUCCACAAGCUUCUUGACCAAGAUGGACAAGAUGCUUACUGGGACUUCCAAGAAGAAGAUGGUUGGGAAAGAAAGGAGUAGCCACCUUCCUAGACCAAACUCAGACAUAGACCUUAACGAAAUAGAGGAAGACCAGUAUAACAUUGAUAACCUCACCGAUGAUCAGGUAAAAGACCAUUUUCAAAAGAUGAUGACUGAUAUGAAUAUUCCGGACGAGAGCGUCAUGAUGAAAACAUCCGUAGAUAAAAUGAGGAUUAUGUUAGCGAGUAAUUAUAAGAUGAUGGCACAAACUCAACAUAAAUUUGAAACACCAUUGGACUACAUAGAUUAUUUAAAACGUGAUGACCUCAGCGUAAAGGCCCUCUUCAAGGUUCUAGAGAGUUUGCAAGUAGCUCUUCGCAGCAACCGAAUACAGUGGGUGCAAGAAUUUAGUCAAAAGGGCUUAAAAACCUUAUUAAGUACCCUUCAUGAAUGCUACAGAAGUGCGAACGAAGGUGGAAACAACAACAGACACUGGGACAGCGUACAGUAUGAAACUAUUAAAUGCAUCAAAGUCAUUUGCAAUACAGUCACGGGCAUUAAGGAGUUUUUUCGUCAGACUGAAGGAUUCAUUCUCUUGGCGCAGAGUCUUAAUCCAGCCAAGCCAGCAAUCAUGUUGGAAGUGCUGCGACUUAUGUCAAGUUUCUGUCUACCUUUGUGGCGGCAGGAUGGACUUGAUGGGCAUCGAGAAGUCCUAGAUGCCAUUACAAUUGUUGGAGAGCUCAAGAAACAGGAUAGAUUCACACCAAUUGUUGUCGGUUUAGGCAUGCAGGGUAAUGACCCUCUAAGACUUAGCUGCCUUGGUCUUGUCAAUGCCCUUAUCAAUUUUGUUCCUGAUGAUAACUUAGACUUCAGAUUGCACUUGAGAAAUGAAUUUAUGAGAACAGGCCUCCAAGACUUGCUGGAAAUUUUGCAAAAUAGCGAGCAUGCAGACAUACAAAAGCAACUUGAGAUAUUUGAUAAGGGCAGAUCCGAAGACUUUGAAGACUGGCAAGAUAGAUUUUUCACACAUGUAGACGAGAUGGAGGACUUAACCAAGUGUUUUGAAAUUGUUCGACAGCAAGUUCAAGACUCAAAUUGUGAGACACCCUUUCUUUCCAUCUUACAGCAUUUAGCUUUUAUUAGGGAUGAUGAAAAUGUUCGACCUGCAUAUUUUAAGCUCAUUGAGGAGUGUGUUUCACAAAUUGUCUUGCAUAGAAAUGGAUGUGAUCCUGAUUUCCGUGCCACAAAGAGAUUUGAAAUUAAAGUAGAUCAACUUGUCGAUCAGUUUAAAGAAGAAACUCGUACAAGCAAUGCAAAGGUUGAAACAGAAUACCAAAUACAGUUAGAAGAAGCACUUACCAAAAAUCAAAAGCUUGAAGCAGAAUUGUCACUUGCAAAAUCUCGCUUAGAAGAGGCAAUGAAGUAUGGCAGCGAUCCAGCCAAAAAAGGUGGAUUACCUACAGUACCAGGACUUGAGCAGUUGGUUGGUGGAGUUCCACCACCACCUCCACCACCACCACCUGGUAUGGGUGGGCCCCCACCUCCACCACCGCCACCACCAGGUAUGGGAGGACCACCUCCCCCUCCACCACCACCAGGUAUGGGUGGUGGCCCCCCUCCACCCCCUCCACCACCAGGCAUGGGCGGCCCUCCACCACCGCCACCACCACCAGGUAUGGGUGGUCCUCCGCCGCCACCACCCCCAGGUAUGGGUCCUCCACCUCCUCCAGGUAUGCCAGUUAUGAAAGGUCCUGCCCUUAAUAUCCUUCCAUAUGGGAUGACAUUAAGAAAAACUGUUACACCACCUGCCCAAACAAAACGCCUGCAGUGGAGUAAGUUAACGCCAACGAAAAUGAGUGAGAAAAGUCUUUGGGUUCGUCUUAAUAAGAAGGAUGCUAAAAUCAAACAAGAUGUAUUAAAGGAACUUGGUGAACAGUUUGCAGUGAAACAGUUAAAAAAGAAAAACGUAGACCAAGUAGAGAAGCCUGUGAAGAAAGAUAAGGAGCUAAGAGUUCUAGAUCAAAAAACAAACCAGAAUCUUUCUAUUGCUCUUCGUGGCCAGUUCAAGCACAUGAGUUUAAACGAUAUAAGUCUAGCUAUAUUGCAGUGUGAUGAGUCAAUUCUCUGUGUAGACUCAGCUGGUAAUUCUGAUUCUUCUACUCUCCAAACUUUAAUUGCUGCCUUACCUGAUCAUGAAGUCAUUAAAAAAGUUGUCAAUUUGGAAGAGAAUGAGGAAGAUUUAGCUGAAGGAGAGCUAUUCCUGCAUAAAAUUGGAAAGAUUAAGAAAUUAAUGCCAUUAUUAAAAAAUCUGGCUUUCAAAACUGAGUACCCAUCACUAGUCAAAGAAACAAGACUAGACAUAGUCAAUACAAAAGCAGCUCUUGAUGAACUUACUAAUUCCAAAAAGUUUGAAAAAGUUUUGUAUUAUAUUCUUGAGUUUGGCAAUGUUCUUAAUGCAGGAUCUAGAAAUGCAGACACAUUAGGCUUUGACAUCAGUUUUCUUCCCAAGCUGGCCAACACGAAAGAUUCAGAAGGACAUACAUUAUUGCAUUAUUUGGCCGAGACUAUGCUUAACGAAGAACCAGAUAAUGCAGACUUUGAAGAUGGUCUUUUGCACUUUGCUGAUGCAGAACGUGUAACUGUUGAUACUGUAAAGGCUAAUAUUGCUAAAAUGAAGAAGGAAAUCAAAAAUAUUGGCAAUGAUCUUCAUCGGCACACCAAGCAAAGUCCAGAAGACAGGUUCCAAGAAAAGUUUGAAGAAUUCUACAGAAUAGCAGAAGAAGAUAUAGCUCUUCUGGAGACAGAGUUUGAAAUGAUGCAAAAGAAAUACAGUGAAGUUUCCGAGUUAUUCACUUUUGAGGUUACUAAGUAUGCUCAGGAAGAUUUCUUCAGAGACAUCAAUGAAUUCAUUGUAUUAUACAAAAGAGCCAAAGAACAAAUUGUUAAGGAGGAGGAGAAGCGUCAGAGGGAUCGAGAAGCUCGAGAACGUGCUGAGCGGGACAAAGCCGAACGUGCUGAAAGAGACACGAGACAACGAGCGCUUCACGAUGUCACCAAUGACCAGAGUAAUACUGAGGUCAUGGAUCAGUUAGUGCAGCUCAUCAAUACUGGUCAAGCCUUUGAUGUGAUGGGGGCUGGUCGGAGACGUCGCCCAGGAAAGACAACAGCCGAGAGAAGAGCCCAGCUCAAUCGGAGUCGUUCGCGUACAGGCUUGGUCACACAGUCGUCAAUUAACAACAAAGACAUUAAACAAGCUGACACGCUUGACGUCGACAUUGAAAACCAGCCAGCCCGACCGUCUCGUCCUCGCACACGUAGACCUGGCGUUCCUACUGGAUUAGAAUCUCGGGAUCGUAAUUUCAACCAGCAGUCAACAGAAAAUGGUGGAGAUGCAUCUGAAGCUUUACUGCAAAGGUUAAGAGAUCUUUGAGUGCAACCACAAUGAUACAUUAUUCAAUAUUAAACAUGUGAAAAGUAGUAACUCAUUUAAGUGUUCUCUUGUUCAUGGUAUUUGGUGAAAAGCAGAAGUAGGGUAUGUAAUUUUGUGAAUUACUUGAAAAUAUAAAUAUUUAUGAGAAGUGACAGAAAGAGAGCUUUGGGGAUGGAAUAGGAUUACAUUACAAUUUAGCACAAGCAAUUGCUGCAAUGAGUAAAGCAUGAAAUUGGUUUACAGUGAAUAUUUGAGGGAUACAAGCUCAGUAUACUUGUAUAUGCAUGUAUUUGUGUUUUCCAUCUGCAUAUACACACACACACACAAACACACACACACACACACACACACACGUAUAAACUCUUCAGUUUGAGGGUGGGGAAAAAUAGAGAAUGUACAAGUGGAGAAUGAAUUGGAGGCAAACCGCACAUUAAUUCAAAUGUAAGUACGGCAGAAGCAUAAGAAUCAGGGAUUCAUCAUAUUGGCUGAUUUGUGAUUGAGAGGGAGAGCCCAAGAGCUAGAGUUUAACCCCUGCAGAGACACAGGUAAACAUGUACAUGUAUGCAUGCAUAUAUAAGAGAAAUCCUGUUGUUUUUAAUAUGCAUUAUUUUUAAUAUAUUUUCUUUCUAAUAGUUUCAUCUUCUUUGCCCUACUUUUUAUCAAAAGGUUAUUUAGAGGUAGACAAUAAAUUUCUAUUAAAAAAGUGCAAGCAUUUAUAUUCUUUCUGAAUAUUCCAAGCAAUACUAUACUGUAUAUGGAAAAAUUGGUAUUUUCCAUGAUAUGAAACUGUCUUAAAUUUGUUUCUUUUACUGAAAUAUAAAAUCUGUGUUAUGGCUGAAAUGAUGUUUAUGGUUACUUUUAAAUACUUUCAAGUAUUUUUAUGCCUAUUUUAUUGUGUAUGACAUGCAAAAGUCCUGUUAGUCAUUAAUGUUAGGUGCCUGUAAACUCUGCCUGUAUUCUUACCAGUCACUAUAAUUAUGAAUUUGAGACAUCAGUACACCACUUAUUAGUUCUGAUAAUUGACUAUUAUAUAUUAUUUUCCAAAUUUUCAUAAUUAUUAUAUUCUGAUACCUUGAACAUCACAUUUUAUAGAGUACACUUCUGUCAUAGUUUACCAUAAUUGCAUUAAAAAUAUUACCAACAAAAGAAUAAAAAGGGGCGAGUGUGUAACUUGAAGAUAAAAGUUUUGCCUGACACAUCAUCACUAGGAUAGGGAAGGGAGUGCCAUUAUGUUGGCUAAAAAAGAUUUACUUGGUCUGUAAAUUAUAAAUAAAAUUGAAUCAUGAAAACUGGGCAUAAUUUUAUUAUUUUUAACCCUUAAACGGUCCAAACAGAUCGACGUUCAAAAUCGUAUUGCUACAAAAGUAGAUUUACUUUUUUUUACAUAUUUUCAAAUAUAACAAAAAAAAUGUAGAUAAAAGUUUUUUUUUACAUCGUUUUCAAAUGUAAAAAAAAAAAAAAAAAAAGAUCUACAUUUUUUUACAUACUUUCAGAUGUUGAAAAAACGUAUAUAUACGUUUGGACCAUUUAAGGGUUAAAUACAUAUACUAUACUUAAAAAAAAAAACAAAGCUACCGGUAGAAAUAACAUUUCAAUAUAUUUAUAAAAUACCUGAGAUAUUAGUCAUAAUUUUAACUUUGAACUUUUGAAGGAUAAAAAAUAAGCAGUCUUCAGGGCCUGUGUAUGUGUAUCUCAUAUUUGUGGGUUUGUUUACCUCAUUAGAUUAGAAAGGUUAUUAAAAUAUCACUUGCUGUAAGCAUGCAUUCUUAUUGGUUCCAGUGAUAAUGCAGCAAAAUAUGCAAUACCAGUGAGUUGUAGUAAUUAUGUUUGGUGUACUGAUGCACUGCUAGUGCCUUAACAUUUUUUCCUAAUAUUUUUUCCCAGCACAUAAUGAAAUUCACAUCAUAAAUUUGCUGUUAUCGUUCCUUUCCUUCCUGGAUAUGAAUACAGGAUAUUUUUAUUACCCUAUUCUUUGUGUAAUACUGCAUGAGCUUGAUAUGAAUACAUGUACAGUGGAACCUCAAAAUUUGAACGUAUCACAUAUCAAACGUUUCAAAAAUAGAGCCCUUUUCUCGAACCAACUUUGUCCCUAUUUCCGGACCUGUCCGCCAGCCUGCUCUGUCUGCGUCCCCACACAGGUGCCGUGAGCCAGUCUGGCUUUGUUAAUGCAUGAGUGAACACUAACCUGCGCUCUCAUUCAAACAUUUUACAAUUAUUUCAUUGUGUUUAGUGCUUGUGUGGGACUGUGAAAUAAGCUACCAUGGGUCCAAAGAAACUUGCUAGUGGUACCCUGUGGUAAAGAAAGUGAGAAACACCAUAGAUGUGAAGAAGGAAAUAAUACAGAAGUAUGAGAAUGGCGUGAGACUUGAGCUUGCCAGGAUGUACAGAGGACUGUGGACAGUUAUUUUGUGAGACAGAAACAGAGGACUGUGGACAGUUAUUUUGUGAGACAGAAACAGAGGACUGUGGACAGUUAUUUUGUGAGACAAACAGAGGACUGUGGACAGUUAUUUUAUGAGACAGAAACAAAGGACUGUGGACAGUUAUUUUGUGAGACAGAAACAGAGGACUGUGGACAGUUAUUUUGUGAGACAGAAACAGAGGACUGUGGACAU